CGGCUCCUCCAUACAUUGUAGCAAUAACCUAGGGCCCCCGAACCAAGUCAUUCGAAACGUCCAUUAAUCAAAAAAAUAACAGAGUUCAUUGGAUGUGUGAUGCUGCAACAAACUUUCAUUCCCUUUGUUCAUUGUGCCACAUAAGAAAAACAAAGCAUACCUACUGGAUGCGAAUAUAUAAUAAAAGAUUAAAAAAUGGAAAUGACUAAUCCCUCCAUUCCAAACUGUAAGACAUUUUGAUAGUUCUAGAUACAUAAAUUUGCUAUGCAUAUAUCUAGAUACAUAGUAAAAUCAACACCUUUGCUAUGCAUCUAGAUAUACACUUAUGUUUUGAUACAUAGUAAAAUCAACGUAUCUAGAAAAAGCCAAAAUAUCUUAUAAUUUGGAAUGGAUGGAGUAUAAGGAUAUGCACAAAGGUCCGGCACAUUAUCACCUUUUGGAUACUUGUGGAUCUCAACAAAGGCGUGCAGACUUGUCAUCGCACCAACCGAAGACGAAGACGACGACGAUGACCCUGUGGUCUCUUCCCGUUCCCAUCUGGACAAUAAAGCAGAGCAAGACCAUUGCUAAUUCUUUUCUGAAGUAAAUAUUACCUUCAUCUUCUCUUUUGUAGUUCUGUGUACUAAUACGAGUCCUUUGUUUGUCCAAGUACUUCCACAAUACCAGCUUGCUUUUCCUUUUUCUAAAGUUUCAGAAGUUAAGAACUCUUUACUGGUGGAAAUGAGGCUGCUGCUCAAUUCUCUGUUGUAUGUUGUGCUUGUCUUCACUGUGAUUCCAUCUGAGCAAGCUUCUGGUGUCGUCGUAACAAGUCAAAGUACCAGCAACACUCCUCCCGGUUGCCCCAGAAGAUGUGGCAACCUCACCUUCGACUACCCAUUCGGCAUCGGCUCCAACUGUUUCAGGUCUUCCGACUUCAGUCUCACCUGCGACAACACCAUGCAACCUCCCAGACUCUACCUUCAUGACGGUACCACGGAGAUUGUUGAUGAUAUUGAUGUUAGUUCUUAUGGAAACACCUGGCUACUGACCAGCCUUUCCCAGGUCAUGCCCAUGGUUCAGGGUGUCAGCACCUACAACAUGUCCUGGGAAGCUGGAGGAGCUUUCACUCUGUACGCCAAGCUAAACAUCACAGGCUGUGACUUUGACAUAUACAGACUUCACCAAGAUACAAAUGAGUCCGUGAAGCUCUCUACAGUUACCUGCAGUCCUCAUGCAGAGAUCACGGACGAGGUGGCCAGGCAGAACUGCAAUGGAACCGGAUGUUACUCCAUCAGGUUGAGUCGUGUUGAAGCCUUCCAGCUACAGUUUGUCCUUCACAACAGCAGGGAACUUGGCACGCACACAAACCGAAGCUCCCUAUGGGAGAGCAUCAAUGUAACUUCAGCCUAUGCAGAAAUCUUGUGGAGUAUUGUGGAUCAGCCGACGUGUGCCAGCGCCAUGGAUGACAGCGACAGGGUAAACUAUGCCUGUGUAAGUAACCAUAGCAUGUGCUAUGAUGGCUAUGGCACACAGGAUCUUGGAUAUAUCUGCAGUUGCGAUGAUGGUUAUGGGGGCAAUCCAUAUAUACCCAAUGGCUGCUCACGUGAUAAAGGAUACAAUCCAAUUGAACAAAAGGAGAACUGCCAGCGAUCAUGCGGUAACAUCAGUGUCCCAUUCCCUUUUGGCAUUGAAGAAGGUUGUUUUGCAAGAAAGCUAUUUCAGCUCAACUGCACAAAUGCAACGUCUUCCAGUCUCCAGUUUGAUGACAAACAUCUGGUGACAUAUAUAGAUAUCAAUGAGGGGCUUGUGGGCAUUAAGUACACCUUAAUUUACGAACAGGAGAUGUUUAGGGUGUAUGUAUCUAAGGAACCUGGACUCUACAUUAGUUCAGGGGAAUCGUCCUCUGUGCAAUGGGCUGUUGCCAAUCUGACCUGCCAGGAGGCAAUGCAGAACAAGUCGGGAUAUGCAUGUGUAAGCAUCAGUAGCACAUGUUUGGGUGUCAACUCAACAGAUGGUUACAUUGGUUAUCGAUGCCAAUGUCUGCACGGAUUUCAGGGGAAUCCAUACAUACACAAUGGCUGCCAAGCUUUACCAAUUAAUGGAGCAAGUAUGAAAAAGCAAAAUCUUCUAUUAGGUAUUGUGAUUGGGCUUAGCAGUGGCUUCGGGAUUUUACUUCUCGGCUUAAGUGCAACAGUGCUUCUUCGCAAAUGGAAAAAGGACAUCCAAAAGCAACAACGAAAAAAAUAUUUUCAGAAAAAUAAAGGCCUUCUGUUGGAACAACUGAUAUCAUCCGAUGAAAAUGCAAGUGAAAAAACAAAGAUUUUCACUUUGGAAGACCUCGAAAAGGCAACAAACAAUUUUGAUCCGACACGGAUCCUUGGCCGUGGAGGGCAUGGCAUGGUGUAUAAGGGUAUCUUAUCUGACCAACGUGUGGUGGCAAUAAAAAGAUCUAAGGACACUGAGGAAAGUGAGAUCAGUCAAUUCAUUAAUGAGGUAGCAAUUCUCUCUCAAAUAAAUCAUCGAAAUAUAGUGAAGCUUUUUGGGUGUUGUCUUGAAACUGAGGUUCCCCUCUUGGUGUAUGACUUCAUUUCAAAUGGUUCAUUAUUCGAAAUUCUGCAUUCUAGUUCAAGCAGUGGUUUGUCUUUGUCAUGGGAUGACUGCCUAAGAAUUGCUGCAGAAGCUGCAGGAGCUCUCUAUUAUCUACACUCAGCAGCUUCAGUAUCAAUCUUCCAUCGAGAUGUGAAGUCCUCUAACAUACUCCUAGAUUCAAACUACACUGCAAAAGUUUCAGACUUUGGUGCUUCUAGAUCGGUUCCUAUUGACCAAACACAUGUUGUGACAAAUGUCCAAGGUACAUUUGGGUACUUAGACCCGGAGUAUUACCAUACUGGGCAGCUAAAUGAGAAGAGUGAUGUAUAUAGUUUCGGUGUUGUACUUGUGGAACUACUCCUGAGAAGGCAGCCUAUCCUUACAAGCGAUACAGGGUCAAAGCAGAACUUGUCUAAUUACUUUCUCUGGGAGCUGAAGACAAGGCCAAUAAAAGAGAUAGUGGCUACUCAGGUCUGGGAGGAAGCAACUGAGGAAGAGAUUAACAGCAUUGCAUCUCUUGCGAAGAUGUGUUUGAGACUCAACAGUGGGGAGAGACCUACCAUGAAGCAAAUCGAGAUGAACUUGCAGUUCUUGAGAACAAAAAGGUCAGAGUCAUGCCGUGUUGAUCAAGAUAAUGCUGAAGAGAUACAACCAUUGCUUUGUACAAGAGCUGAAUCUAGAUAUGAGACGUUUUCCAUUAGCUUGGGUGGAAGUUCUAAUUCAGAUUCUCAGUACAGCCAAAGAAUCAAUAGCUUGGAGCAUGAUUUUGAACCAUCUCUUGGGGUGCCACGCUAAGGGCCUCUUUGAAGUGUCAGAAUCCCACCAGAGCAUCAAGAGGACAAGAAGUUUUUAUGGGGUGGAUAUCUGCAAGUCCUACCAAAAAUACUGUGUUGAGCAUGAACAUCUUAAGGUCAUCCAUAUUUCUAUCUGCGGAAGAUGAUGAACUGUCCUUUACUCUCUUGUUUUCUACAUUAUCAUACAUAAGUAUGUUGUACUUAUUUCCCUGCAAAUUGGACUUACUCUUAUCUAUUGUUUUGUACCUUGAUUCUCUUAUCUAUUGUUUGUACUUGGAUCCUUGCGGUCCAUACUCCAUACAAUGAUACAAUGGAUAUACAUGUUUAAAUUUUUAUAUCAUCUUGGAUAAAUUAAGUUAUUUA